AUGGCCCGGCUCAUCCUGGCCCGGCCCGUCCUGGCCGCUGCCUCUCUUGCAGCCGCUGCCGGGGAGCCGGAGGUGCGGGGCGAGGGCCCGCGGUGGGGCUCGCUCUGCGACCGCCGCUGCGCCGCCAUUAACGACCCGCAUGGCGACCUGCCCUCGGCCUCCCACCCCCAUGCGCCCGCGCCCGCUCGCCUCUCGCCCGCAGUCGUCACCCGCCAGCAGCACUUGAAUGAGGUGCCGGCGUGUGAGAGCUGCGGGGCAAAGACCACGCUGACGGCCGAGAGCGCGGUGGAGGCCAACAAGCUCUCCAACGACGACAAGUUCGGCUUCAAGAAGUGGAAGAGCCACGUGACCGCCCAGCCCUGGGAGGACCGCUUGGAGAUCAGGAAGGAGCUCUACUCCAACCUGAACGUCGUCCGCGGCUUUGGAGGCUCCACGGUGACGUUGGGCAGCGUCCUCUAUGCGCUGCUCUUCGGCUGGUGGCUGGUGCUCCUCUACGUCCUGGUGGCCGCCGAGAUGUUCCUCACCGUCGUGGGGGCUCCUUACGGGCGGCUCUGCAGGGACCUGGGCGGCUACUUCCUCUGGCCCUUCAGCAAAGUGAUCCAGCGGGUGGAGGUAACGGCCGGGUGCCGUCCGUACGUCCGUCCCCGCCAGCCCCUCCUCACUCUCCGCCAGGGUCCCACCGUGGAGGCCAACGGCACCCGGGAGACCUCGGCCCUGCUCGGCGGCCCAGCGCCCGGCCGCUGGUGCCCCGCGGACCCCGGCUACCGGCAACGCGCUGCCGCCGCCGCCGCCACGUGGCUCUGCCUGGGCUACCCGGCGCUGGCACGCCACGGGCUCGUCUGCUUCGUCGCCUGGCUCCUCUUCUUCCUCAUCUCCGUCACCAAGAUGAGCACCCGCACGGCCCACCGGGUGCUGCUGCCGCCCCUGGAGUGGGUGCUCAUCCGGCGCCCGCACAUGACGGACGUGCCGCUGGAGGCGGAGGUGAUCAAGUGCUGCUACCGCGCCGUCAACGCCUACUACUACAAGUAUGCCGUGGACGGCAUCAACGUCUUCGCUGUCAACCUGCUGCCGCUGGUGGUGGUGACGCUGGUGCUGGGCUACGUGGACAGGCGCAGCCGGCUGACGAGCUCGCCCGUGAAGUUCGCCCUGGCGCUGCUCUCCAUCAUGCCCCUCUCCUACUACAUCGGCAUGGCCAUCGCCAGCAUCUCGGCGCAGAGCAACGUCGCGGUGGGGGCGGUGGUGAACGCCACGUUCGGCUCCAUCACAGAGCUCACCUUCUACAUCACGGCGCUCAUCAAGGGCGCCCGUAAGGGCAGCAAGUGCUACGAGGAGAUCGUCAAGGCGGAGCUGACGGGCACCCUGGUGGGCUGCGUCCUCCUGGUCCCGGGCUUGUGCACGGUCAUAGGAGGCAUCCGGCACCAGGAGCAGAGGUUCAACAGCCGCUCGGCGGGUGUCAGCUCGGCCCUGCUCUUCCUCUCCGUGGGAGGCGUCUUCGCCCCGAUGCUCUUCUCCAAGGUGUACGGGAGGCUGGUGUGCGGCGAGUGCCACAACGUCACCCAGAACACGCUGGGCCACUACCUCUGCCAGAGCUGCCACUUCGACCUGGUGCAGAACAACAGCAUGCUCUACUACAGCCACAUCCAGUGAGUCGCCGUGUCCCGCACGCCCCCGGUGUACACAGUGUCCCUGCUGCUCCCUGCCGCCUACCUCAUCGGCCUCUUCUACACCCUGAAAACUCACUCGCACAUCUAUGACAUCCACAUCAGCGACUGUCACGAUGAGUGGCCCGGCCACCACCACAGCGCCGUGGUCCACUGGUCUCGGUGGAGGGCACUGGUCGUCCUCCUGCUGUCCACGCUUUGCAUGUUGGGGGCACUAAAAACGACUCUGGGAUACUUUCCUCUCUGGUAG